CUUCAUUAGUUGGUGAUGCGGAAAAGUUUCUUCUGCACAGGAAAGAUGCUAUACAGUCAGCUCUAGCUAAGCUUUUGGUGAGAAAGAGAGUGAAACACAUCAAUGAGUUGACAGCUCUUUAUCAAGUUCCCAAUGUUUCAAAACCUCGUUAUGUUCGUGUAAAUACUCUUAAAAUGGAUGUCCAGUCUGCCUUACUUGAACUAGAGAAACGAUACAUGGUUCAGAAGGAUGACUUGGUGCGUGACCUGCUAACACUUCCACCGGGUACUGAUUUGCAUAAUCACCCUUUGGUCAUUAAUGGAAGUGUCUUCAUGCAAGGUAAGGCAAGUUCCAUGGUGGCAGUAGCGCUUGGGCCUAAACCAGGAUGGCAGGUUCUUGAUGCCUGCUCAGCGCCAGGGAACAAAACUAUUCACCUUGCUGCUCUUAUGAGGGGAAGAGGAAAAAUUAUAGCUUGUGAACUUAAUCAGGAAAGAGUUAAAUCAUUAGAAGACACUAUUAAAUUGGCUGGGGCUUAUAAUGUUGAAGUUGUGCAUGAGGACUUUUUAAACUUGAAUCCAAAAGAUCCUUCGUACUCAAAGGUUCAUGCUAUACUCUUAGAUCCUUCGUGUUCUGGUUCUGGGACUGUUGCUAAUAGAUUAGAUCAUCUGCUCCCAUCAUAUAGUGCAGGUCAUGCUGAUGGCGUUGCCAUAAGGCGACUAACGAAGCUUGCUGCUUUUCAGAAGAAGGCUCUGGAACAUGCAUUAUCUUGGGGGUGGAUAGUGUGUGGGGAAGGUGGAUGUCUCUUUUACAGUUUACUGAUUGCAACCAGAAAAUCUAUGAAGAAUAGGGAGUGGAAUAGGCUUGGGUCUUUCUCUUGUGUGCUCAAGGGAGUUUGCAUUUCAUGGCUGAGGAAAGCCAUUGAGGAGGCUGUGUCUUGGAAAGGCAGGGGGUUUUCAUUCAAAAAUACAGGGAUGCAGGUUUUUGUGUAG